CAACAAGGUUAUUUAUCUUUAAACUUAUCUAUUUAUAUUACAGAAUGCCUCGGCGGCGUCUAUUAAAAUUAUUAUUUAUUGGAAAAUUACGGGUUUCAUGUAAACAUUAUUCAACCGCCGGCGACCCAACAAAAUUGGUAAAUCUCAGCGAAUUUACACCGGAUAAAAUUCGAAAUUUCGGAAUUGUUGCACAUGUUGAUCAUGGAAAAUCAACGCUGGCCGAUCGGCUUCUAGAAAUGUGUGGUGCGGUUCCCCCAGGACAAAAGCAGAUGCUGGACAAAUUACAAGUUGAACGGGAACGAGGAAUUACUGUAAAAGCUCAAACUGCAGCUUUACGACAUCGUGGAUAUCUUCUGAAUUUAAUUGAUACUCCCGGACACGUAGAUUUUUCAGCAGAGGUUUCCCGAAGUUUAGCAGUAUGUGAUGGUAUUCUUCUACUCGUGGCUGCAAAUCAAGGUGUUCAAGCUCAAACUAUUGCGAAUUUUUGGCUAGCCUUCGAGAAAAACAUUCAAAUUAUUCCAGUUAUUAACAAGAUUGAUCUUCCUGGAGCAGAUAUCAAGUCAGUUGAGACUCAACUGAAGAAUUUGUUUGAAUUCAAUCCAGAAGAAUGUCUUCACAUUUCUGCAAAAUCUGGGUUGAAUGUGGAUAAAGUUUUAGAAGCUAUAAUUGACCGUGUUCCAGCACCCACAGCAAUUAUAGACGCUCCUUUUAGAUCAAUGAUUUUCGAUUCGUAUUUCGAUCAUUUUCGCGGAGCAAUUGCACAUAUUAUGGUAAAAGAAGGUUCUGUGAAGAAAGGAGAUAAAAUUCAAUCAUAUCAAAAUGAGAAAGUAUAUGAUGUAUCAGAAGUUGGAGUGAUGCGACCAGAAAUGGUAAAAUGCACAGAAUUAAGAGCCGGUCAAGUUGGAUAUCUGGUGUGUAAUAUGAGGACAGUUAACGAAGCUGUGGUUGGAGAGACACUUUUCGCUGAAACAACUUCUCGGGAUUCUGUAAAAACAUUCGCUGAAAUUAAAGGAGUGAAACCAACCGUAUAUGCUGGCUUAUUUCCAGUCGAAACAUCAGAUUAUGAAAGUCUAAAACAGGCUGUGGAACGAUUAUGCCUUAAUGAUCCUUCGGUUACUGUAAUUCCCGAUUCAAGCAAAGCACUUGGACUUGGAUGGAGAAUCGGGUUUCUUGGUGUUUUACACAUGGAAGUUUUCGGAGCUCGUCUAUCACAAGAAUACGAUGCAAGUGUGAUCCUUUGCCAACCAAGUGUAGAAUAUCGAGCGAAGAUUAAGGAUAAUGAGACGAUUCGAAAAAAGCGGUAUGAUGGAAUGGAGGAGAUUCGAAUUCUUGAUCCAAGCAAGUUCCCCGAUGAAAGUGAUGUAGAUAGCUUCCUAGAACCAAUGGUAAAAGUCCGAAUGAUUGUUCCAAAUGAAAUGAUGGGUACUGUCAAUGGAUUGUGCUCCGAAUGUCGUGGUGAACGAGGAGAGAUCACAUCGAUCGAUUCGACUCGUCUCGUGAUCCUUUGGAGGCUUCCACUUGCAGAAGUUGCUGUUGAUUUCUUUGAAAGACUCAAGAAAUUGACAAGUGGAUAUGCAUCGUUUGACUAUGAGCCCGAUGGAUGGCAGGAUACUCGGCUGGUGAAACUUACAAUUCUUAUCAACAGUAAAGAGGUCAGUGAAUUCUCGCAAAUCAUACCAGCGGCAAUGGCGAGAGAUCGUGCAAAGAUCUUAGUUCAACGUCUGAAACGAGAAAUUCCACGACAGCAAUUUGAAGUUACAAUUAAAGCUUGCAUUGGUUCCUCAACGAAAGCAUUAUCUCAAAUUGUUAUCCAGCCAAUGAAACGAGACUUCUCGCAGCUAUUGAAGGGAAACUUUGGUGGUGGAGGAAUGGAACGACUCAAUAAGAAACUCAGUCAUCAGAAGAAAGGAAAAGAGCGGAUGAAAAUGGUUGGAAAUGUGCAGAUUCCUAAAGAAGCGUUCCUAAAUGUUCUUAAGAGAUAGUGUUUUUAAAUAUUUAGAUACUAGAGUGUGUAGGUUAAUUGUUUAUUCUUGUUUUCAUUUUUGUUUUUUUUGUUUUAAUAUAACAAUUUUAAAGGUUU